AUGGUGUUUUGUUACCAGUGUCCAGAUCAAAAUCUAUCUUCUUCAUCUUCAGAAGAAGACACAGUGAAUAUUUACUCCCCACCCACCCUCCAGAAGCUGUCAAUUCAGAGACUACUGAAGGAUGAGACAUUGGCCAUUUCUGUUCUCAAGUACCUGUCUGAUGUGCUAUUCCAACUAAUGUUUGAGGAAGCCUUCACUGAUGGACAUACAAAGAUCUUAAAGGCCAUAAUACCUCUGUGGCCCUUCCCAUAUCUUUUUUUAGGAACGUUGAUAAAUAAAUGCAACCUGGAGACUUUGAAGGCUAUGCUUGAGGGAUUAGAUAUACUGCUUGCACAAAAGGAUACUUCCAGGUGCAAACUCAGAGUGCUCAAUUUGACUAAUAAAAAAUAUGGCUUGUUGGGUGAAUCCCAUGAAGGUGAAGGCUUUUCAGAGUUCAUGACACAGAAUCAGCCAAUGAAGAAGAGUCUUGACUGUGAGGUGAAGAAAGAAUUGAAAUUGAUGAGUGAACUCCAUUUCAUGGAGGGCACACUUGAUGAAUCUACCACGUACUUGUUUCAGUGGGUUCAGCAGAGAAAAGAUUCCAUUCAUCUGUGCUGUAGAAUGCUGAAGAUUCAUGGCUUAACCGAAGCCACAGUCAUAGAAAUCUUCAAAAUUGUACAUGCAGGCUGUAUACAGACACUUGUCCUAAGUAAUAUCUGUGUAGAAGACUUGGCUUUUCUUAUUUCCCACUUGAGACAGAUGAACAGUCUUUCCACACUCAUUCUAGACCACAUCACAGGUACCUUCUUCACGGGUGAUUCGAAAAAGCUUGAUGAGGAGAAAAUAUUCAGAUUGGUUUCGCAACAUCCCACAUUCCAGAGUCUCAAGAAACUCUAUGUACAGGAUGUCUCCUAUGUAAAAGGCAACCUUAAAGAAUACCUCAGGUGCCUGAAGAAGCCUUUGAAGACACUUUGCAUCGCUGACUGUGAACUCUCACAGUCAGACUUGGAUUACCUGCCCUAUUGUCUGAAUAUUUUUGAGCUCAAACAACUGCUUCUUGGUGAUAGAUGUUUAAGUGAUUUAUUCCUUGUACCUCUUGUGUCUCUCCUUGAGAGAGUUAGAGAUACUCUGCAAACCCUGGAUUUGGAGUCAUGUUAUUUAGAGGACUCUCAUUUCAGUGUCCUGUUGCCUGCCUUAAGCCAAUGUUCUCAUCUCAGAGUGGUUGAUUUCUAUAAUAAUAAUAUCUCUCUGUCUAUCCUGAAACAAAUUCUACACCACACAGCCCAGUUGAGUCAGCUGACCUUUGAGCGGUACCCUGCCCCUUUGGAGUGCUAUGAUGAGAGUGGUAUAAUACUAUCACAUAGACUCAAAUAUUUUUGUCCUGAGCUCCUGGAUAUACUCAGGGCCAAAAGACAACCCAAGAAAGUCACCUUUGAAACAACCCAAUGCUCUAAGUGUGGUGGGUCCUUCAUUUAUAAUCUUGAGAACCAAUUAUCUGUUAAGUAGAAAUACUGUAGGAUUGAUUGUGAAACAGGGAAAUGGAAGCUUAGUAUUGGGUAUUGAUGAACUCCUAAGUGAAUGCACACUGCUGAAUGAAGCAUGGGAAUGUCAAUCACCUAAAGGUCUGAGAUACAUUGGAAAGCCAA